UGUGAACGCUCGCGCCACUGUGACUCAAGCCCAAGCAGCUCAAGCUCGAGUCUCCUCCGUCUCUACUCUCAAGUUGCAGUCGUAUCGCUCUCAGACAACACUAUUGGCAUUUACCUUCUGGGGAGGAUCUGGGUGAGUAUAAUAAUGGCUGAAGUCACGGCUAUAGGGUGGUCCAUGAACAGCAUCAAUGCUCGUCAAGGCUACGCCAACCGGCGGACUACCUGUCGAGGUCUGGGACAACAUCAUCGGAUGGCUCAGAAACGAUAUGGGCCCGCUCAUGGCGUGUAGCCUCACUUGCCGUGCAAUAUUUCCCCCAUCCCGACGGCAUGCGUUCUGUCGCGUAGGUCUCAACAGUGCGGCGGACUUCAACUCUCUAGAAGCCUUUCUCAAUAAACCCAACUACGUGCAACACUGCAUUCGCUCGCUCACUAUCCGCGGGAGCGGUAGGAAGGACAGCAAAGACAGGACAUUCCCGGCCAAUGGCCAGUGGCUACUACGGCUUCUGCCGAAGCUGGGCCGUCUUUCUCAUAUCCGAAUGUUCCUGUUCUCGUUCUCCAUUCCUGAGGAUCUCAGACACGACGUCGGCGCCCUCGCACCAAGCCUACGAACACUGGACUUCAUGACAGUAGGAAGCAAGGGCUCCGAUCUAGGCUUGUUCAUCUUUGCCCUUGAUGACCUGUCGACUCUCAUUGACAUAUUCAACGGGACACCUAAACCACUCAUAGACACAUCAUGCCUAUCUUUCCCGCCAAACCUGGUGCCUCGCCACACAGUCAGUACGCUGCUCCGGCAACCCAUCAUUCCCGUCUUCGCUAGUCAGGAACAAGCACUAUCAUUGGGCGUACUGGCGCAGGCAUGGGACAAGGGAGCGCAAUGUCGGCUGCGCAGAAUCGCCAUGGACCAAGUCUACUCGGAGGCCACUCCUUCGGAGUCCAUACAACAAGUCCUCGUCGACUCGAAGGACACGUUGGAGGAACUCUUUCUCGAAUGCGUAUUCUCACGGCCCGGUAACGAUGAGCUUGCCCUUGACCUCAGUGUCAGUACUGCCUGAAAGCACUAUACUUGUCAUUCCCGGUGAAGCGCAUGUUCUUCGUGAGGGACAUGUUGAUCACGCCGCGCCCUCAAGGCCUCAGGACACGUUCCGGAGCCUCAGGUCGAUUGCCCUUCGCAUCGUUGCACGCAAGGGGCCUCAGAGCUAU